CUUUAAAAGGCGUUAGAACUGUACAUUAUAUAAAAUAUUAUAUUAAUUAAAAUUUGUAUGAUAAACUGAUGAAAUUUCUAUUUUUAACAUCAAAAUUUGCUUUUUUUUGGCUAACAGGUGAAUACAUUCCGUGAGAAAUUCUCUUCUUUAGGCUGGAAAUCAAUCGAAGUAGGCUCAGUCCACCAGUUCCAGGGCAAAGAGAAAUUGGUUGUGAUAAUCUCUACAGUGAGAUCAUCCAGUAAAAGUAAUCCUUCAAUGAAGAACUCGCUGGGAUUCCUUACAAAUCCUAAGCAAUUUAAUGUGGCAGUAACACGUGCUAGAGCCCUGCUAAUCGUAGUGGGGAACCCCUGCACACUGAGUAGAGACCGAUGCUGGAAUCAGCUGUUGACUUAUUGUCAACAGAACAGUUCAACUAUCGGUGUCCAAAACUUAUCUUAGGAUGCGGUUUGAGGUUAGUACAAUUUCAUUCACAUACAGUUAAAUAAAAACCAUACUAACAAAAUGAUAAUAAGCAUAUUUUAUAAUAGCAUUACUAGGUGUAAUUUCACUAAUAAGCAUGAGGUUGGUUUGGUCCUGAUUUCUGAA